AUGUCAGCGUAUACUGACGAUACACUAUUGGCAGUUGAGCACUCACUUGCUCUAGAUAUAGGUACCGUUGGUACCACUACUUCCAACUCCACUACACACACGACUACGGCAGCCACCAAUACACCAGCUACUAACGUACACAGUUUGGCUUCACCUGAACAAUUUUCCUUUGAAAAGUAUCCUAGCCAACAGCAGGCUGCGCCUGCUGUUGACCAGUCUGGUCAGCAGCAGGGCCAUUCGCACACACUUUCCACUCCGACCGCAAUGAGUGAUUUUAUCGCUAUGCUCGAUGCUAGUUAUCGUUAUGAGAAACCACUCGAGGAUAAUUCACAGUUUGACGAUUUGUUCCCUCUGGAAGAUGCAGCAGAGCUGCAAUUGAAUAGCAUUGGGCCUAUGCAUUCGGAAGUGGUAGAACAACCAAUUCCGCCGAUUUCCGAUAAUCGUGGGUCUAUCUCUCAUGCUGUGGAUUUUUGGAACUUGCCUGAUAGGCGUAAUACUAUAGCUGCAGAUUCGGAACUUACACAAGUGUUGAACGAUUAUAAUAUGAAUUUCCACUCGGCUGCACCACAGGGGGGUGUGAAGAAACAGCAGCGUGGUUCUAUGUCUAUGCAUGAUGGGAAUAACGAUCUUUUUUCCAAAUUGUACAAGAAUUCGGGCAAUUUGAAAGUUGUACCUUGGGAAAAUGCAACUUUCUCAGAUGAAGAUGAGGAGUUUUCCCUUCCUACGUUGGAGCCUAUACUCUCACCAAAAUCACCGAAAUCUGUGUCUGCUUCCGCUCGUAAGCAAUUCAUCAAACCUUCAAUGAUGCUUUCGGAAAACGCGUCUACUGCGGCAAAAAUGGCCACCACAGGUGCAGAUAAGUUCGAUCUUGUUUCGAGUCUAGAUACCCGUUGUUACGAUAUUUCAGCAGCUCCACCGCCGGUCAGGAUAAGAAGAUCGCCACCGCCAAGUUACCAAACGAUUAAACCUCCGCCCUCUGCAGCGGCCUCGAUGGCUGCACCAUCGGUGGCUCGAAGACGGCGGUCCACUCCUAAUAUUAUGACCAUCCGUAAUGGAUCAAGUGGGUCCUUAAUUCACAACAAGAGCAAGAGCAGGUCAAUUACCCCGAUGAGUGGACCCGAUGAAGAGGUCAAACCUUUCAAAUGUAAAGAAUGUGCUAAAGCGUUUCGCCGUAGUGAGCAUUUGAAACGUCACAUACGAUCCGUUCACUCUACUGAACGUCCUUUUGCAUGCAUGUUUUGCGAAAAGAAGUUCAGUAGAAGUGAUAACUUAUCACAACAUUUGAAGACCCAUAAGAAACAUGGAGACUUUUAA